AUGGAUGUUGAAGAAGACUUGUUGAUAGUUGACGAGGUCGGCGUCUCUAGUCAACAAGCAGGGCGCGAACAAACUUCCGCCCGGCCCGUGUUUUCAGACCCUGAGAGGGUCUAUUGUAGAGUGGCGGAUCCCGGCCAGGAAAGACUCCGCCGAAGCGAAGGCUCGGGUGGAUAUUCGUAUGCGGACGCGGUUCGGGACCGCGUGGUGCGGAAUUCGAAUGUCGCCCGGCGAAAAUCUACAAAUAUAAUGAAGAAAAAUGUGAUUACAACAUCGGACGCCACAAGUCAGAUCACUGGUUACAUCACACAGCAACAACACAUCAAAAGACAUCUCCCAGAUGAUGGCAUUAAAGUUGAUUAUAUUUUCAUUCAUGUCAGAAAUAAAAGCAUCUGA